GAAUAAGACAGGUCCGUUGGUGAGAAGCAACAGCUAGCUAAUGUGUGUAAAAAAUACUAAAAUGUGAUUUUAUUUAACGCCAUGCUGGCUCAAUAGCAAUCCGGAUAUGGCUCAACUGUCUGAACGAAGACCACGACAGCUGGAGAACGACUAAUGCCUUAAACCUCCCCAGCUUGCCUUGUAGCCGAGGAGCCCAGAACAAGAUGCUGUUGAAGGUGCCUCAGAAGCUGCUGAAAACUGCCCACUACAUAGAGCUGGGCAGUUACCAGCACUGGCCAGUGUUGAUACCCCAGAGGAUACGACUGUACACGUAUGAACAAAUCCCCCUCUUCCUCAAAGAAAACCCGUACAUCACAGACGGCUACAGAGCUCACCUGCCCUCCAAGCUCUGCCUGAAGAGUAUUUUUAUGCUGUCCAAUGAGACGGUGAAUAUCUGGAGCCACCUUUUAGGUUUCCUGCUUUUCUUCUCGUUGGGGGUCAAUGACGUCUCCACAGUGCUGCCGGCUUCUGGAGCUAACAGAGAGGACUACGUCAUCUACGCUAUCGGCCUCUUCUGCUUCCAGGUGUGCAUGCUGUGUUCGGUGGGGUAUCAUCUGUUCUCCUGCCACCGGUCAGAGAAAACCUCCCGGCGCUGGCUGGCGUUGGACUACGCCGGCAUUUCAGUGGGGAUCCUGGGCUGCUACGUACCGGGGAUCUUCUAUGCUUUCUACUGUAACGCUUUUUGGCGACAGGUCUACCUGCUGACCGUCCUGUCCCUGAUCCUGGCCGUCUUCUGUGCUCAGGUCCACCCUCGUUACCUCAGUAACGACUGGCGGCGGAUACGGAUGACAAUCUUCUGCUGCGUGGCAGGAAUUAGUGUGGUUCCUGCCUGCCACUGGGUCUGGCUCAACGGAGGAUUCACUACUGAUGUCGUACAGCUGUUCCUGCCUCGUGUGAUCGUCAUGUACCUGAUAGCUGGAUCCGCCUUCCUGUUCUACGUCACCAAAAUCCCUGAGCGCUACUUCCCUGGCCAGCUGAACUACCUGGGUGCCAGCCACCAGCUGUGGCAUGUCCUGGUGGUGGUGAUGUUCUACUGGUGGCACCAGACCGCCGUGCACAUCAUGCACUUCAGACACAGCAGGGCCUGUCCACCCCGGAGCAGCAGCAGCAGCUAAGUGAUACUCGUCACACCCACAUCAUGCUAAGGUUCUUAUCUGGAGGCUAAUGAACAACAUUAAUAUGAACAUCAUGGAGUCAUUAAACUAAAAGAGGCUUCUGAUGACGAGCUGCUAAAACGUAGAACUGACAGAGAGACUUUGCUUUCUCUACUGUUUUUAAUUUCCAAUCAGAAGCUCACGGCCUGAACUGUUAGUGAGUCGGAGAUGUUGGGAGAACAAGUACAGAAACAAACCGUACCUUUUGCAUCAUUAGAUUAAUGCAUGAAGAAAUCUUUUUUUUUUAAAUAAUUUGUCGGAACAAACAAGCUGUGGUGUUUUUAAGUGAUGAACACGGUUGACUAAGAUUGUGUUUUUUGUACAGAAGUAUUUCUCAGCCGAUAUCAACAACAACUUUCUGCCUGUAUUUGUUUAACUGUCAGUUCCUAUGAGGUUAUAUGAAAAAUGUCUUCAUAAAAAAAUGUAGGAAUGACAGAAAAAUCACAGCAACUGGAAUUUCAGCUUUUGGACGCUGGAUCAGAAACAGUUUGUCAACGCUGCCAGUAUUUGAACUUCUUGAACAAAUCAUAUCGAUCAACGAUGCAGAUGUUACAGUGUGAUGAACCUGUUUAAGCUGCAGUGUGUUAUUUUAUCAGCACUUCCUUUUUAAUUUUGUGUGUCUUGUUUUGUCUUUGGAAGACAUUAGAUGGCAGGGAAAGAAAAAAAAAUACAGACGUGUUAAUCCCUCCUGUCAUAUCAGAAUAAACCCGAAGCAGCAGAUUUAAUCAGGAUGCUGAACAAUCCUCCUUCAGUGUAGCUGGAAGUUUAUCAUUUAUUCACUCCUCAGUCUGUCUUCUAACAUAAUUUGAGGGUCUAAUUUUGGUCCUGCAGUGUGUCGACUUUCUUGUUUCUUUUCUGCAGUUUUAACUGAGAAAAGCAUUGUGAUUAGAGAGAAUAUUUAAAUUGAAUGUACAUAGUUUACAUUCUGGCCACUAGACAUGAGCUAAAAUGCCUCAACAGUAAUGCUGGCUUUGUACUGUAAAUGAUUGCUUCAUUCAGCAGGUUCUCUGCAGGGCAUUAAAAAGCAUUAAUAGUCAUUAAAUUGAUUUUGCGAAAAUUAAGGCCUUAAAUGACAUUAAAAAUCAUUCAAUUUGAUUCUCAAUGGCAUUAAAAAUUCUUUCUGCAGUUUUCAAGAAAAAUAUUUGACUAUAAUAAUAUGUAAUUAUAGACUGCGAUUCGUCAGAUAUGUGCAUCUGCGUAAACAUGCCUAGAAAACAUGGAUUUCAGAGAAUGACUGCAGCCUGUUGGUGGUCAGGGGUAGUUUCUGGAUUCAGAAAUAGUGAAAUGUAGGGACAGUUUUCAUAUAAAAAUCAUCUUUUACAAAAAAAACAAACCUGUGUAAUUUGUUGAGUUUGCGGUCGUGGCAUUAAAAUUUUUACAGUCUAGCAUUAAGACGGCAUUAAAAAGCAUUAAAUUUGACUGGCUGAUUUCUGCAGAAACCCUGUUCAAACCACAACAGGGUAGAUUUUCUCACUUUUUUCUCCUGGUAUUUGUAUAUUUUUCAUAUUUUGUGCUCUGAAAGAAUGCAGCUGAAUGCAUUUUUGUUUUUAUAGUUUAGUAUGCUGAUAAUAUUCAAUCAGUUUUGGGGAUUAUUUCUUCAGUUAAGGAGGAGGUUCUUAAAUCUCAAGCCAGUGUUGAAUUUUUUUAGCUGCCUUUAAACUGUUGUUUUCCAUCAGCACACUUGGGACAAUGACAUAUUUUAAUGUUUAUGUGUCGAACUCUUUAUUUGCCUUAUUUUCUUUGCUUCUUCGUACUGUAUUCUCAUUUACCGUAACAAUCGGUUGAUGAAGAACUGACUCUGAACCAGAUGAUGACACCACAAGGCCAGUAUAAUUUUCCUCUUUUUUUAUAUCCUGCAGUGUUUUGUUUAGAACAGAAUAUGAUUUGUCAGAAAGCACUAAACGCUGCUGACUGCAGCACUUGAAAAUAAAAAAAAGUGACUUAAUUUUGCCAUGAACUGCUCCAUCUCAUGAUUGUUUUGUGUUUUUGUGUCUUCCUUCAGUAUCAUUUGUAUGAUAAAGCACUGGCACUGACUUAUGGGCUGUAUUAUUUCAGUGCCUCUGUCAAAAAUCUAUUUUUAAACAUUUUGAAUGAAUAAAGAAUGCUGGAAAAUCGG